AUUUGUACUAGCAGUACAGGACAAACACAGAGACAGACCUGCAGGAGUCCACAGAUACGAACAGCCUCAAUACAGAACAUCAGCAUCUGCACUCUUACUGCUUUAGACGAGCCGCUCUGAAGAGGCAAGAACAGGAUCAGCAGACGGAUUACAUGUAAAUACACAUGGUCUCUGAACGGAUGAUGACCUUGGAGAGGAGGAGGCUGAGAAAGACAUAGUAAGCAGCAAGAGACAGUUUUACAGGAUUUAGACAGAAGCAGGCCUGCGCUUCUUCUACUGAAGAUACAGAUCUAGAAGCUUUAAACACCAAAUAGUCAACUAUUUGGUCAGUUCGGCUGCAUUCAUCCCACAAAAAUGCAUCCAGCAAGCUCAAGAAAGAGCGAGGGGCUUUUCUCCUUCUUCUUCUAUGCCAUCUGUCUUUCCAUAAGCACCGGGACAGGAAUGCCGGGUUCGGACUACAACCCUCAUCCUCGCUUCAUCUGCACCCCUCUUCCCGCUGAUGCCGAUCCCGGGUGCUUCUCCACAGCGGGCGGCCCCGGGGGCCCCGGACACCACGGCGGGCCGAGCGGGAACAGCAACGGCUGGUGGGGGAUGUCCGAGGAGGCCAAAGCCACGAUCCUGCACCUGCGGGAGAGUUUGGUGCAGCAGAAGGAAACCAUCCUGGACCAGAGAGAGACCAUCCGGGAUCUGACCGCCAAACUGAACCUGUGUGAGGGUUUGAGCCGCACGCCUGCACAGCUGGCCCAUCACGCCCACCACGCCUACCCCACAGCACCGGACACCGGACACCUCGGGCUGGAGCUGGGCCACUAUGGCGACGAGGUCGGAGGGCAUCACGCGGGGAAAGGUGCGCUGAGCGAGAAGCACGUGACGGGGGAGAUCCCUUCACCCUCGUCCACGCCGGAGCAGAUGAGCAGGAUGCUGCAGAGCCUAAAGGAGCGGCUGGACAACCUGCAGACGAGAAACACCUCCAGCAGCUACUCCAGCUCACUGAAGGACCUCCUGCAGAGGAAGAUCGGCGCUCUGGAGCGACAGAUGCAACACCAUCACUCUGCCUCGCUAACCAGCGCCGCUCACACCGACCACGAGGAUGAGGAGGAGGAGGAUGACGGUCACCAUGGCGACGGCCACCAUGGUGACGAUCACCAUGACGACAGAGACCACGACAGCCACGAUGACCACGGUGAUCCUCACGACGAGAGUCACCACAGUGAUCACCAUGACGACGAUCACCACAACGACAGCCACCAUGACAAUAACAGCCACGACGACGGACACCAAGACUACGGUCACCAUGACAACAAGGCCUCCGAGCAUGGCUUCGAGAGGUUGUCGUAUAACCUGCAGGGUCACAGAGAAGCACAGGGUGCUGGAGCGCACAGCAAACUGGACGCGGUUCUCAGUCAGCUGCAGCACAGGCUCACUGACACGGGUUCUAGAAAGAAAAGCAAAUCCACGGAAGCCUUCCAGAUCGGCUUCCCCAUGAGGACCAACUACAUGUACGGGCGGCUGAAGCACACGCUGCUGCACGAGAUCUUCUCCUUCACGCUGUGUCUGUGGAUGAAGGCUGGCAUCGGGCCGGGGCUCGGGACGCCCUUCUCCUACUCUGUGCCUGGACAGGCCAAUGAGCUGGUGCUCAUCGAGUGGGGAAACAACCCCAUGGAGCUGCUGGUCGAUGACAGAGCCGUCACUUUACCGCUCUCGGUCAGUGAUGGUAAAUGGCACCAUGUGUGUGUGACGUGGUCGACGCGGGACGGUCUGUGGGAGGCCUAUCAGGACGGAGUGAAGAGAGGCUCGGGAGAAAACCUCUCGCCCUGGCAUCCCAUCAAACCUGGAGGUGUCUUCAUACUGGGACAGGAACAGGACACACUGGGCGGCCGUUUCGACGCGACGCAGGCGUUCGUUGGUGAAAUCUCAGACGUUCAGAUGUGGUCUCAUGUUCUCACACCUCAUGACAUCUACAGCCUGGCGUCGUGCGGAGGUCACAUGACCGGUGACAUCAUCGCGUGGGCGGAGUCAGUGGUGGAUCUGCACGGCGGGGUCACCAAGUACCCCUUUGACCCCUGCCAUUAAAGAGAAGGACAAUCCACUCACAAGUGAUUUCAAAGCAUUCUGAUGACGACUCGUCACCUGAUCGUAAUGCAAAAUUCAUUCAAUAUUGCCUUCUGUUUACAAGAGAAACUUGAACGACCCCAUGACCUCCAGGAUUUCAACAGGGACCCGUUUUGUAUCAUUUCAGUGUUUUGUGUAGCGAAUGUUUUCUUACUGAACUUUUUUAUUUUUUAUUUUUAUUUUACAAAUGGCUCUUCAGUGCCAUUCAACAUUUGAUGCAAGUAUGACAUAUUGUCCUAACUUGGAUAGAAAACCAUAGAUCUUAAAUAGGAUGUGAAGACUAUAAAUGUAGGUGUAAAAAAUAGAAACAGAAAAACUCGAGUCUCUAUUUGAGCAGCGAGUUGAAGUUAAAAGAUUGAUUGAAUCUAAAGAUACAGCGAAACCAAAGAGAAGAGUCACACACCGCGCGCUGCUGUUGUGUUUGUACAUUGUUUUUUGUGUUUUCUAAUUAAACUUUCUAACUGAAAUAAGUAUUUCGUAGGUUUGACUGUACUGUCCAGAUGUUAAAAUGUUUAGCCAUCUCAAAGCCGAGCUAAAUAAGCAGCUAUUCUAUCAUACUUUUGAUACGUGUUGAGUUUCAGAUGGUGUCGUAAUUUGAUUUAGUUUAAUCUACCGUGUUUACUUUACUGUAAAUGUUUCAAAAGAAUAUAAUUUUCCACUAAUGUUUGUGCAUUGGAAUUUAUUAUGCAUUUACUGUUUGUAUUUGUUUGCAGUUUUGAAAGCAGAAAUGCAAUAAAGGGACUGAAUUUUGAAAACAACUUUCAUAGCGAUUUCAUGGUUUCUGACUAAUUCGAAAAACUUUUGGCAUAAUAUUGUAAAUGAUUGAAUUCUUCAGGCUCGUCUGCAGUCCUGCAGUAUUGAUCUCAGUGAAACGGCAGCCUGGUCUUCACUGCUAUUAUUAGAAACUAAGCUAUUUAAGCACGUGCAGCGUUCAGGGACGCCCUUUUCUUUCCACUGGCGGUCACACUGCUGAUAUUUAUGCACCGUUUUCUGUAAAGCUUCUUAAAAGAACUAUACACACAUGACAAUAGGGUUCCAGAAGUAAAGUAAAAAAAUAUAUAUUUCGUAACCUUUAAGUGAACUCGAUGUUCUGAGCUGAAAUGCAUGUGUUUACUGUGGCAUUAUGGGAAGCCUCUGGUCUGAGUGUCUGUGCUCUGCUGAGGCACAGAAUAACAAGAUUAGGCAGCGCUAAUCGUUCUGGUUAUCAGUCAGGAAAUGAGCUAACAAGCUAAAGCAUGACAUCACAGCAACACACUUACUUCAUAUUUAGACUGCA